GUAAAAACCUAAACUUUUUUACUUUUCGAGAUAAGUAAUGUAGCAUAGGCUGCUAAUAACAGUUAGAUUAUUAAUAUUUGCUAUGAUAUUUUCUUGUUCUUCAUGGAUGAGAGGGUUUUUAUAUGGCAAUUCUAUUAUUUUGGGCUUUCAAUUAAUGUUGAACUAAGCAUGCUGUUAGCUUAUUUUUCAUUAGUUCCUUUGUGAAAUUAUCUGUAAGUUCUGUUGAAAGGUGCAAAAGCAACUCAAUGGUAUGAGAUUUUGAGUAUUAAACCAUUGAUUUGUUUUUCUUUACUCUAACCAGAAAUUAGAAUAAACAUUUCAUCAGAUGCCUUUCUUUUUUUAUGUACUCAUAAAAUUAAAUCCUCUUAUAAUAUUGUUUUGUUACUAUUCUUAGAUGGCACCAAAGCAGAAGAUUAGAAUCAAGCUUAGAUCUUACUGGGUGCCCUUGAUUGAGGAUUCCUGCAAGCAGAUAUUAGAUGCAGCAAGGACUACCAAUGCAAAAACGAUGGGACCUGUGCCAUUGCCAACCAAGAGGCGAGUCUACUGUGUUCUUAAAUCCCCUCACGUACACAAGGAUGCUCGGUUUCAUUUCGAGAUCAGAACUCACCAGCGUCUCAUUGAUAUACUGUAUCCUACUGCUCAAACAAUAGAUUCACUUAUGCAACUAGAUCUUCCUGCUGGUGUUGAUGUUGAGGUCAAGCUCUAGAGAGAUUUUCUUCUUAGGUUGUUAACUAUCUUGAAUUUGAGGGAAGGUCAACUUGUUAUCAAUAGCCAAAUACAUUAGUCGAUAUCAUGUAUUUCGCUGCCUGAACUUUACUUGUGUGGACGAUGCAAAAUAUUUCACCUUCUGUCUUCAACAAGGUUUUCAUUUAGUCUAUCCCUGAGUUCCUGUUAUUGCACAGAUAUGUGUAUAUCAUAUUCAAUGUUAUGUAAUUCUGAUAUGUCACAAUGUUUUAUUUUUCCCGUUA